UCUUUGAUAUACCAACAUAAAAUCUCAAAAUAAAGAAAAAUUAAAGGCAAAAGUUACCAUCGUUUUCUCAUCCUCCAAACAGGCCCUGACUUGUCCCACUGGGUAAUGGAGGGAAACGGCAGCAGAGCCGAUGCCAAACUCCUUCUAGGAAUCGCUAAGAAACUUCUCCAAGGCCGUCAUUUCAAAGCCUCAAGAGAUGUCGCAGUCCUCGCCCAACAAACCGAUCCCCUCUUGGAAGGGCCAGAUCAGAUCCUAGCCGUCAUCGACGUCGUUGUCGCCGACGUAAAAAGAAUUAACGACCAACACGACUGGUACUCCAUCUUACAAAUCGAUUGCCGUUCCCAAGACAACGAUCUUAUCGAGAAACAGUAUCAUCGCCUAACUCUCCUUCUUGAUCCCGAGCAAAAUAAGUUCCCUUUCGCCGAUGAUGCGUUUAAGCUCGUAUCCGACGCAUGGUCUAUUUUGUCUAACAGCUCGAAAAAAUCGGUUUACGACAAAGAAUUUGACUCCUGUACGAGAAUUGAUUUAAGCACCGCCGGCGAUCGUUCGUAUCAUGCCGGGGAAUCAACUGUAAGGGGAGAAGCGCAAAAUCAGGAACGCAUGCAGAAUUUGGAAUUGCGAAAGGAGAAUCAAAGGCCAAGAAUGUCAACAUUUUGGACAGCGUGUCCCUACUGUUAUAUGUUGUUUGAGUAUCCUAGGAUUUACGAAGGUUGUUGUUUAAGGUGCCAGAAUUGCGACAGAGCUUUUCAUGGUGUUCUCAUUCAGACUUUGCCGCCGUUGAUUCCCGAGAAAGAAGCUUAUUAUUGUACCUGGGCGUUUUUUCCGUUAUUGUCCAGUGGUCAGGAGACUGAAGUUGAACCUCCUCCGGGGUUUCCAGAUAAGCGGCGAGGGAGUGAAAGAAAUGAUGGACGGGAGAGUGAAGUUAAAGCUCCUCCAGGGUUUCCAGAAAAGCGGCGAGGGGCUCAAAGAAAUGGAGGUACUAUGGCCUUGCCACCACCGGCUUCUGCUCCGACGACCACCAUGAAGAAGGCUACCGAAAGCAUCGAUAAUGUGGCAGGGAUUUCGGGUGGGAAUGUGUCCGAUUUUGCCCCAAGGAAGAGAGGGAAGCCGAGGAUGAAUCCUCUCUGAGGUUUCGUAGGUAAUGGAUUAUGGUUUUUUGGGUUUGGUUUAUAGGCAACCUAACCAUAAUGCAGGAGUUCUUGCGGUGGAGACAGCCGAUUUUGAUGAAGGUUGAAGGAAGGAUAAUGCUGAGGCUGCAACUCCGAUAUAUAUGGGGGAGAUUUUGUAGGUAUUGUUGUAGUUGUUGAUAGCUGUUUUCUUUGUAGAUGUUAGAUUGCUGUCGUUUACUUGCUAGAACAUAUGUAUGAUUAUGUAACGAUAUGAUAUGUAUAUAUAUGCAAUGUCUCAGGUCGGCAAGUUCUUUCACCAUUGUUUGAGCAAUUUUUACUUAUUGGCAUUUUAACUUCUUGCGAAUCGAAAUAUUGGUUCAUUCCAUGUUUCAUGGCUUAAAUUACAUAGUUGUUUGAUGCAUCAUUCUGUGAUGCACAUUACAAAUGGCAAAUGAAAUUUUAAUGGUAAUAGCAUUGCUUGAAUAGUCAAGGAGCUUGUUACUUAAAAGAAAACAUGUUGAGAAAGAUAAACGUUUCUGAAUAUUUUUUUCUGCAAUCCUAUAAUCUUCUAUUGCUUCAAAGUGCAGCCUGCAGCUUUUGAGUUGUAUUCUCCCUAAAGCAGUGCGCCUUGAACAAGACUGCCUUGGAGCGACACCCCUGGAGAUGCUCUCUCCCAAAGCUGUCCGCCUUCCCUCAAUGAAUCGUGAUCUUCUCCCAGCCUUCUUGCAGCAAUAUGUGAGCAGGGAGCAUCAACAAUAACCAAACCUUUUUCCAUAACACUUCCAGCAUGUAAAUAUAUGUGAUUGGAUCUCCAAAAGUACAGGAGCUUGGCUAAAACUUGUAAUCUCUAGUAUUGGGGGGAAGAAACGGGGGGAACAAAAUGGAAAGCAACAUGUGAAGCGAAAAUGGGCGCAACAUCACCUAUGUCGGCAAAUUGUGAUGAUGUGGCACUACGAUCGUAGGCAUCUCAAAGAGUGCCGACAACUGAUAGGAGGGUGUUUCAAAUGUGGCUCUAAGGAACACAUGUUGAGGGAUUUUUCGAAGAAAGUCAAGGUUUCGCAUAUUCAGAGUUUUGCACCUACACUUGUGACUGCUAAAGGUUGUGGCUGAAGUAGAGCUGGUAAUGAGAGACAAGUUGGGUAGCGGGUUGUUACUGGAGGACCAACUCGAGUAUAUGCUAUUAGGGAGCCAUAGGAUCAGCAUUCAAUCAACGAGAUUGCGGAUAGAUAGCUCUUUCAGUGUGAGUGGAGUGGCCGAGUAAGUGAUAUAAGAAAGACAAUAACCUUCAUGUAGGUGGUUUUAUAAUUUUAUUUUGGACACUUUGAAUAAAGGCAAUGUGGAUUAGAGUUUUAGUUUUAGUUAUUAUCAUUAUCUUAUUAUUACUAUUUUGGGAUUGGACUUAUGGAAUGUUGAUGUUGCUUUUGGACUUCGCUUAUAGACAUUUUGAUGUUUAAGAUUGAGGUUGAUAAUGCAUGUUAGGUAUUCUCGAUGAAAAUGUAUUGAUAUGGCAUGACAAAUGGUUAAAAGAUGUUUAACAUGUUCAGUUAAAUUAGACAUUGAUUGUAUGUUGAGUAGGAAUAUAUUUUGAGCAUGAAAAACGUUUUAACUUGUUAAAUUUUAGCAUACUGGGUAAAAGUAUUGAUACUUGAGACUAAAAUAUCAAUACCUUUUUGUUUAAUAUCGAUACUUUUGUUGUUUUUCAAAAAUUUUAAAAAUGGUCUUUAUUACGGAUAAAUCUAUUUUUAUUGCCGAUUAAAUGUUUAAUUAGUCAUGAACUCAUCUUUAAAUGUUAAUUGUAGUAAUUUGUAUGUGUAUAAGUUUCAAUAGUUGUUGUAGCAUCUUGUUACUCAAGUCCGGCGACCAGACCGAAUAAGUAGUGUUAUAUUUUAUGUUAUCAAAGCUUAGGUUUUCUAACACUCAGACCUAAGUUGUCAAUGCGUGGACCAGGGUUACGUAACCCAUGUACCUAGAUUUUCAUAGUAAUUAGACUGCUUGACUUGAAUAGGUUUGAAAUUAUUAUGAAAUUGCUUAUUUUGAGGGUAGGAUUGAGAACACAUUGCCUUUAUUUUAAAUGUUUUUUAUUUCAUGAAUAUGUCUUGGGUCAUUUCCCGCUGAUCUGCCGUAAUUCGGUGUAGUAGAUUAAACUAGUUUUCGCAUUUAAGGAGCUUGAAUACAAGCAUUUUCAUUACAUUUUAGUUAAGUUUUUUUUUUUAGUUUUUCCUAUAUUCAAUAAAAUGUGCGAAUUGAGUCUUUUAUUGAUCUUAAGGGCCCAAUGAGGCCUAAGGGAGAGCUAAUGUACUUCGUGAGUGUGCAGGAGACCAUUAGAAGGCAUUUUAGGCCGAUACUGGACGUUAUGUUGCAACACGGGAGAUCCGAUGUCGCAACAUAGAGAGCAUAAUGGAAGAAGUAUGUAACUGCCUUUGAUGUCGCGACACUAAUUGAGGAUGUUGCAACAUACCCUUGAAGAUAUCCCAAAGAGGAGCAUACUGACUUCUAUGUCGCGGCAUCGACUCUGGGACGAAAAUUAAACAUGAAGUAGGGGCAUUUUGGUCUGCACAAUUAAACUUAAAGCUCAGGAACGUCAGCUGACUUAGGGUUAAGGACGACGGCAACCUGAAGGCUAUAAAUAGGCUCCUUUUGCACAUGUUAUAGACAACAUUUCAUUAGCUUAGAUUAUUUCUUUAGAUUUAGUUUCGUUUUCUUUCUUUUUAAGUUUUUCAGAGUUUAGUUUAUUUGUUCAUUACUUUCCUUCAAAAGACCUGAUUUGUAAAGAUGAUCAACUUAUAGAGAUUCAUGCUAUUAUUUAUAUAAAUCAGGCUUUUUUUAAA